AGAAUGUAACGGGGUCUGUGUCAUUCAACACGACAAUUUCAACAUGAUGACAUCUCCAAAGUUUUUUUUCUGUCUGACUUGUUUGUUCUUAGGAAAACUGGCUCUGAUGAGCAAUUUCAUCCAGUCCACAACUGUUCAUCAAGACACUGCAUUUAUAUCAGCUAAUGUUGGAGACAACUUGACUUUGAGAUGUUUCUAUGACAGUGAUGCUGUAAAGUAUUACUGGUAUAAACAAACACUCGGACAGAAGCUACAACUUAUCUCUAAUGCCUAUAAGUUUGAUAAAAGUGUCAAUUUUCAUGAUGAAUUCAAGGACAAUCCACGCUUCACACUGGAAACCAAUGCUGGUAUGAAUCACCUAAAAAUCUCAGAUGUACAACCUUCAGACUCAGCCACUUACUACUGUGCAAGAGAUUAUUUAUUUAUGUUUGAAUUUGCGGAAGGAACUAUUGUCAGUGUAAAGGGUUCAGGUUUGAACAUCCAGGCUUUGGUCCAUCAGUCAGAAUCUGAGACCAUCCAGCCAGGAGGCUCUGUGACUCUCAACUGUACAGUACACACUGGGACCUGUGAUGGAGAACACAGUGUUUACUGGUUCAAAAGCUCUGAAGAAUCUCAUCCAGGACUCAUUUACACCCAUGGAGACAGGAAUGAUCAGUGUGAGAGGAAACCCAACACACAAACACACACCUGUGUCUACAACUUGCCAAUGAAGAACCUGAAUCUUUCUCAUGCUGGGACCUACUACUGUGCUGUUGCCUCAUGUGGACACAUACUGUUUGGAAAUGGAACCAAGCUGGACAUUGAAGAUGAAGACUCUCCUGUCUCUGUGCAUUUCCUGGGUGGAGCUGUCACAUUUACCACCAUUCUAAGUGUUUUACUGGCUUUCUCAGUGUGUGUGAUAAACAACGGAAGAAGCUGCCUUUGUACAGAGUCUUCUGCAAGAUUUUCUGAUCCCUCCGAACUCAACACAGAGGACUCCCAAAAUGAAGACAAUCUCUAUUACAAUGUUGUAAGGGAGAACAAGAUCAACAGGAGAAGACGACAGAAGGACGACACCUGCAGUGAAUGUGUGUACUUCAGUGUGAGGCAGUAGAGCUGAGCAAUGUUCAUCUUUUAUCUCUGUGUGACAGAACGUGACCUAAUGUUGACUCUUUCAAAAUGUAACGUGGAUGUUGUAAAGUUUUGUAAACAUGAUUUCACUUAAAUAUGAUGAAGUCCAGCUUUCCAAUAAACUCAUCAAACAAGCUACAACACAUGAAAUGCAAUGAACUAUGAACUGCCAUUCAAACAAAGAUCUACAGCCUGUGAAAGCAAAACCUGUGCCACUGAUGGUCCAGUCAUAAAGUCAUCAGAAACAGGCCAUUCCUAUUAGUAGUGCUGAUUGUGCGUCACAAAGAAAGAGCUAUCAGCAUCGGUUUAAUGCUUACAUGUGGUCAGCAGUGUAAAGAUCAAAUCUCUGUAUGGGUUUAUGAGGACUGGUGAUGUUUAUUUUAAAGAUGAUCUGUAACAUUUUUGUCUUUGUAUAUAUGUGAAUUCAUCUCAUUUUACAGUAGAUCAGAAUAAAUUCUUUCUGCUUA